AUUGAGCAUUUGUCAAAAGAAAAUUUGUUUACGAGCCAUGAAAAGUACGAGAAUGUUCAUAUUUUAAAAUAAUGUGAAAUGGGGCCCAUGUCUUGAUGCAUUUCAUUUUCUAAUUGGGAUUGAGCUCUCUUAAACCGGCAGGAAAUUGAAUUUCAGCUAUGCCAAUGGCCCCGAGCCACGCCGCGAAACCCUCUCCUCAUCCGCCACCGCCACCGCUCGGGACCUAUUACGCCACCCGCCGACCGUGGCGCUCGUUCUUCGACAUCUCCGCCCUCUCUCUGCCCUUCGGCUAUGGCGAGGCAAUGUCCAGGAUCCGACACAACGCCAACUAUUUCCGGGUCAAUUACGCCCUAAUCGCACUCGUGAUCCUCUUCUGCAGCCUCGUCUACCACCCGAUCUCCAUCAUCGUAUUCCUCCUCGCAACCGUCGCCUGGAUUUGGCUCUACUUCUUCCGCGAGGCACCCGUAACUGUGUUUGGCCGAAUCGUGGAUGAUCGUGCCCUUUUGGUUUUCCUGAUCCUCGUUACGGUGGUGUCUCUGGUUUUCACUCACGUCGGUCUGAAUGUGCUCGUCGCAUUGAUAAUUUCUGUGGUUGUGAUCGGUUGUCACGCCUCGUUUAGGGGCACUGAGGACUUGUUCUUGGAGGAAAGUGAGGCGGCAGAAGCCGGACUGCUCUCCGUUGUACAGUGAAAUUUCAAUCUCUUAUGAGAAUUGGAUGGAAGAUAAUGCAUUUCUGUGUCUGUUCUGGCCUGUGGGAUUUACAGAGCCUGUUUGGAAAUAGCGAUAAAGGUUAGUGUUUUGAAAAAACUAUCUAUGGGCAGCAUUUUGCAUUAGCGUUUUCAAAGUUAAUCGGCGCCGUUGAAAUUUUUAUUCAAAACACGAAUGCUAAUCAAAAAUGCUAUUCUCAAACGGGGUCAUAGCUGCUUGAAUUGGGUGUAUUGUUGCAACUGUUUUGGGAGGUAAAUUCAGCUUAUGCUGUGAGUGUUGUUUUCUUUCCCUAAAAUGUCAUGUUUUUGGGUAUUUGGGGACAUUGCAAGAGCCAAAUCCUAUGUACAAUUUGGGGAAAAAAGCUUUUUGAUGGUUAUGUUUGUGUGAAACAUUUGUACUUUCAGUUUGACAUGUUUAUUGCUGGUGACCUGUUAGAGACAUUUCCUCAAUGUGUAGAAACACAAAUGAGUGGAUGCAGUGUUCAUGGG